AUCCAGAGUCCGGCUGGGUUGAGUGAGUGCAGAGCAGCAGAGCAGCAUAGCUCCUCUGGGCGGACGCUUCCACACUAAACCACCGCCUCUCUCUCCCCUCUCUCUCUCCCUCUCUCUGUGUGUGUGUCUCUCUCUCUGGGACAGAUUUAUGCCUCGGCUUUUUUUAUUUAUGAGUGCCAGUCAGCUCUCGGGACCCCUCAGGACGGUGUAAGAGCGCACGAGACGCCUCGAGAAGACAUGGGAAGCCCCGUGGUCCCGAGAUGACCGAUGCUUUGGUCAGAUAAUAAGCUCUUUUUUGUCGCCAGAGAGGGAAACUUAAAACAAGGCUUGUUUUUGGAGUUCCACCUCCCUCCUCUCUCUCUCCGUAGGAUUUGAUUCAAAGUCGAAAACCAAGAUGGCCGCCGAUUCCGUGCAGGGGGAUGCCAGGGGUCAGCUGGUGUCAGAGCGGCUGGGUCUGGGACACAACCUGGACCUGUCAGACACCAUGGUCCAACAGAAGCUGGACGAGAUCAAGGAGCAGAUCCGCCGUGAGAUUCGCAAGGAGCUGAAGAUCAAAGAGGGGGCAGAGAACCUGCGGAAGGUGACCACAGACAAGAAGAGCCUGGCUUAUGUCGACAACAUGUUGAAAAAAUCCAACAAGAAGGUUGAGGAGCUGCACCAGGAGCUGCAGGAGCUCAACGCCCACAUCGUGGUCAAAGACCCCGAGGAACUGCUAGAAUGCCCUCUGACCCCAGACACCCCCAACAGCGAGGCCAGAAUGUGCACCAGCAACAGCCGCCUGGCCGCCCUGAAGAAACAGAACGACAUCGAGCUCAAGGUCAAACAGGGCGCGGAGAACAUGAUCCAGAUGUACUCCAAUGGGUCCUCCAAGGAUCGUAAGCUGCUAGCAACGGCCCAGCAGAUGCUCCAGGACAGCAAGACAAAGAUCGAGUUCAUCAGGAUGCAGAUCCUGAAGGCCAGCCAGGCCAGCGAGCUGAGCUUCGAUAACAGUGAUGUGAUGGCCAAGCCCAUCAUCAGCCCGUUGGACCUGCGGGUGGAGGAGCUGUGUCACCACGCCAGGAUAGAGUCCGCCGUGGCCGAGGGAGCCAAGAACGUCAUGAGACUCCUGGGUUCUGGGAAAGUCACAGAAAAGAGGGCACAUUCAGAGGCUCAGGCCCGUUUUAACGAGUCCAGUCAAAAGCUCGACCUGCUGCGGUAUUCCUUGGAGCAGCGCCUCAGCGAGUUGCCCAAAAAUCACCCUCGCAGCAGUAGCAUCGUGGAGGAGCUUUCCCUCCUGUCCUCGCCAGCCCUCAGUCCCCGGUCCAGCAUCAUCUCCACACAGAACCAGUACAGCACCGUGACCAAGCCUGCCGCGCUCACAGGCACAUUAGACGUCAGGCUCAUGGGCUGUCAGGACCUUCUGGAAAAUGUCCCAGGACGCUCCAAAGCCGGCUCUGUUCCGCUGCCUGGCUGGAGCCCCAGCGAGACGCGGUCAUCCUUCAUUAGCCGAGCAAACCGAAACCGCGGGGCGAGCGCACGGAACCUGACGAAGAGCGAGGACCUCUCCAAUGAGAUCAGCGCGGUGUUGAAGCUGGACAACACAGUAGUCGGCCAGACAAGCUGGAGGCCGGUCAGCAACCAGGCCUGGGACCAGAAGUUUACAUUGGAGCUGGACCGGUCUCGUGAGCUGGAAAUCUCGGUGUACUGGCGUGACUGGCGUUCACUCUGUGCCGUCAAGUUCCUGCGCCUAGAGGACUUCCUGGACAACCAGCGUCAUGGGAUGUGUCUGUACCUAGAGCCACAAGGGAUGCUGUUUGCUGAGGUGACGUUUUUCAAUCCUGUCAUUGAGCGACGGCCGAAGCUACAAAGACAAAAGAAGAUUUUCUCAAAGCAGCAAGGUAAGACCUUCCUGCGGGCCCCACAGAUGAACAUCAACAUCGCCACCUGGGGCCGCCUGGUGAGAAGAGCCAUCCCGACAGUCAGCACCAACUCCUUCAGCCCACAGGCGGCUGAGACCGGACCCAGCAGCCUGCCUGGCUCACCCACACCCAGCAGCGACCCGUUGGUGACUAAGCUGGACUUUGACAAAGAGCCCAGCACGGGACCAAAGCACUACCCAGCACCCGACGACAUCAGAGAACCACUGGCACAGGAUAAGAUGCCAGACAAGGAAGAAGUACAGGACGCCCUGGCCUCGUUUGACUUCCUGAACAAGAGGAACAGCAUAGCGGUGAAGUCGGAGCUGGACGGAGUGGUGGAGCAGGACAUCCAGCCCCCAGACCUGGAGCUCACCGCCAUACAGAAAGACACAGAGAUAAGGGAAGAAGAGCAGUUCCACUUCAGUCUGCAAGACUUCAAAUGUGUGGCUGUCCUCGGACGUGGGCACUUUGGAAAGGUGUUGUUAGCAGAGUAUAAAAGCACAGGAGAGAUGUUUGCCAUCAAAGCUCUGAAGAAAGGAGACAUUGUGGCUCGUGACGAGGUAGACAGCCUGAUGUGUGAGAAGCGGAUCUUCGAGACAGUGAACAGCGUCCGCCACCCCUUCCUGGUCAACCUGUUUGCAUGUUUUCAGACCCAGGAGCAUGUGUGUUUCGUCAUGGAGUACGCAGCGGGAGGCGACCUGAUGAUGCACAUCCAUGCCGAUGUUUUCUCUGAACCCAGGGCCAUAUUUUAUGCAGCCUGUGUGGUAUUGGGAUUACAGUUUUUACAUGACCACAAGAUUGUGUACAGAGAUUUGAAGCUGGAUAACCUGCUCUUGGACACAGAGGGUUACGUGAAGAUUGCUGAUUUUGGGCUUUGCAAAGAAGGAAUGGGUUUCAGGGACCGCACCAGCACAUUCUGUGGGACGCCAGAGUUUUUGGCCCCUGAGGUUUUGACUGAAACGUCGUACACCCGUGCUGUGGACUGGUGGGGGCUGGGAGUCCUCAUCUUCGAGAUGCUGGUCGGGGAGUCUCCAUUCCCUGGUGAUGAUGAGGAGGAGGUGUUUGACAGCAUCGUCAACGAUGAGGUCCGCUACCCACGAUUCCUCUCGACUGAGGCCAUCUCCAUCAUGAGGAGGCUUUUAAGGAGGAGUCCGGAGCGACGCCUGGGGGCAGGAGAGAGGGACGCAGAGGAAGUCAAAAAGCAUCUAUUCUUCAGGAACAUGGAUUGGAAUGGACUGUUGGCCAAGAAGGUCAAGCCGCCGUUUGUGCCGACCAUCCAGGGCGCCAACGACGUCAGCAACUUCGACGAUGAAUUUACCUCAGAGGCGCCGAUCUUGACCCCGCCCAGGGAACCCCGAGUGCUGAGCUCUGAGGAGCAGAACAUGUUCUCUGACUUUGAUUACAUCGCUGACUGGUGUUAGCUCACCUGAUCCCAUAUAUACACUUACACACACACACACACACACACACACCCACACACUGUGAACCAACCAACACAGGGAUGACUGUAACUCGCAUUUUUCUAAACUCCCCUGUUCCCUGCCCAGAAACGAUGAGAGGGAGCAGCAGACUUUGUUCCUCAGGCCUUCAGGCGAGCUCUGUGCCAUUGAAAAGACAGUCCACAGCCCUUCCAAGGUCCCCACUUUUUUAAUCAACAUGAAGAACUUUUUUUUUUAACAAAAAGAGAAAAAAAAAUUGAAACUUUGUUCUUGGAGAAACUGAGUGAAAGAGGAGGGAUGCCGAGUCCCCCUGCACACGUUGUCGUCGUCGUGUCCGCUGUCUGACCACUGAGAAUGUUUUUCAUAUGAACCCCAAGGAGACGGCAACAUCAAUCAUGUUAUUCAGUGUCACUGUCUCAUCAUUUUUUGAUCUGUACAGAUUAUAUUCAUUCGUAUAUUUUAUUGUUUUGUCUUUUUUUUUUUUUUUUUUUUUUUUUUUUUUUCAAAGCCCUCAUCAUAGCUAAAGGACUUUUAUCUCACUGUAAGGUUGACAUGACUGCCAUGACCGCGUAUGAAAUCGUCUGUCCAUGAAUCUGAAGUGCUCAAAGCAUUACCAUCACUGAACCGGCACUACGCUAAACUACAACAAACAUCUUGACUACUACUGCUUCUUGACUUGAAAUCCAAGAGUUUUCACACUACCAGUCUUGUUGUCUGCGAUCCCAGUCUUUGUUCACACUCGUUUUUAUAAAAUGCCUGUCCAUCAUGUUGGAUGCAGUUUUCCAUUAUUAUUUUUUUUCUUUCCUUAACCCAUGUGAUGCUCUUUGCUGUAAAGCAUUGGUCCAUCCAGUGUUACAAGCUGCUUGAGGUAUAUUUUAACACUACCCCGCAUCUCGUCAUGAAGUCACUUUUGAAGGUUGUAUUCCAUAUUUGGAAGUUAUGUACUGGAAAAAAAAAAAACAGACCCUUUACUGAAUUGGUAACCUGAAGAGUUGUUGGCAAUUAGAAACACCUUGAGGAGAGAAUAUACACUAAGCUUCCACACAGUUUCUGCUCUCCUGGGCUCUCAAGUGGCUCCUGAGCUUGAGGUUGAUAUUCAGCUGAGCUCAGUCCUUGGUGUAAGGCGCUGCACACUGAUUGCACGUGGUAUUGCAGUUUAUUGAACUUUAUUGAACAAUAAAACCAAGCAGGGUGUUGUGCUCCUCUGGCAUGAAUUAAUUUCAGUUCCAUUUCAGUUCACUUUGUUGUUGUUGUUUUUUUGCAAUUCCUGAGUGGACAGCCAGUUCUGGUGGAACUGACGGCCUUUAAUCUCGAUACCUCAGUUAGAAGUUAAUGAAAGUGAAAACACUAAUUCUAAGUGGCUUGCACAGAUACAGCUAUACUACCAAAACCCAUUUAUCCAGUCUCUCUUGGAGGACCAGGUAAACUGCAAAUGAAAUAAAAAAAGAAAUCAGAUUGAUGGACUGACCAUGAACUCAAUGCCGGAUUAACCAAAAGUGUUUUAAUGCUGAGAUCUCCCUUGCUCCAUCGUGAGCCUGAGCUGGUUUUGGGAAACCAGGCCCGGCUCAGUGCCAGUUAGUGCGUACAAGGUCUGGGUCAGAGUGACAAUUAAAAUACAUUCUUGAAUUCUCCUGACUGGCACAACCGAACCAAUCAAUGUGUCCACAAUUAACUGACAAAUUGUGCCAACCUAGUGCUUUUUGCAGAAAUAUAUUCCCACGUAACCGAAUGUAUUUUAAUUUUAAUUUGACCCUGGCGUGCAGACCUGAUAUGAUCCGAUACUUAAGCUGAAAGCACUAAUUUUAUCAAUAGUUUUUAAUUAUCUAUGUUUAGCUUAAUGAUGAAAUAGAUUGUACAAAGUUUUUCUUAUUUCUCCCCAUUACUUAAAUGGCUGCUUGCGCAUGUUGUCAAGAAGAUAGGCAAGACCUUUAUUGAUGGUACACCAAUAUUGAGGUUACACAAAACUGUUGCUGUUCACCCUGGUGUAAAAAGAGGCAUUUUUGCAGUCAUUGUUUGUUGCCUAUCAUGAAUGCACAAAUUAAACAUUUUUAAUAGUGG